ACAGCCGACCGCAGUCGCUAUGGACGCGCAUUUGGCAAAUCAAGGCUCACAUCGAGGAUAGGAAAUCACACCAUCAUGUCGGCAGCACCUCCCCAGAGUCUUGCUCAGCCUCAGCUGAUAAAACAGAGCGAAGUGGUCCGACUGCUGGGCCUUCUCAAUGACGAGACAGCCUCCGUUGAGAAGAGUAUACAGGCCUUUGAGGGCGACUUCCCGGCCCCGGACCGCUUUCGAAUCGGUUGCGGCCUGUGCAUAUUUUUACAAGACCAGCUUCUGAGCCGGUCGCAGCGCCUACUUGCCUUUGCCUUACUUGCCCGCAUGCACCGAAACCACCCGAAAGGCAGCGUGGGCAACCCCUUCCUCCCCUUUUUCCUGGCCGCGUUUGAGCAAGGUCCUGGGAGUGGAGGCGCGGCGGGGGACGAUACUGCGGCCUUGGACAUGGCCGAGAAAAUAUUCGUGGCGGAGCUGUUGCUCAAUCCAUCGGGCGCAAACGUUGUAUUUGAGGACACUCCUCACCUCUUGCUGGCUCGGCUCCGGCAACGACAAGCGAAAGAAAAUGUGGAGGUGCUCCAGAAACGUCUGGUCCCGGCGUUGAUGGCCUUGAAGUCUUCGUACAUCGAUACCCCCGAGGCCAAGGAAGCCAUGCAAGGGUUGCGGGGCCUUGGGGUGUGGCCGCACGUUCGAGACCCGGUGGGCGGUCGGGAGGGGGGCGUCGGGGUGCCGGGAGGGAUGGAGGAGUUCAAAGGCGGGGCGGGGGCGUCGGAGCCCGCACAGCAUGUGCAGCGGUACGCGAUGCCUGGGGUCUCCCUUUACGACCUGGGUCUGGAGGGAGAGGAGGACAUGGCUGCCCUGUCGCUGCACAGCUUUGAGCCCGCUUUCGUGCGGCCCCCGCCCCCGGUCUUGGGCGUGGCGGAGACGGAAUGGAUCUGGUUGAACCCGGACUACGCCUCCAAAUUGAUGUGGGACGCGGCCAUGGGGGAGGAUGACGGAAAAGGCGCGGAGGUGAGGGAGGUGAUGGCGAAAGCCUUCCGGGGGCCGUUGGUUCCACAACAGCAGCAACAGGUCUUACGGGAGCUGGAAGGAGACGCGCGCCUGAUCCAUUACUGUGGUUUGACGCCGCAGAAACUACCAGAGCUGGUGGAGAACAAUCCGAUGAUCGCGAUCGAGUGCCUACUCAAGCUCAUGUCCUCGGUCCACAAGAACGAGUACCUGUCCGCCCUCGUGAACAUGGAGAUGUCGCUUCAUUCGAUGGAAGUGGUCAACCGGCUUACCACCGUGGUGCCUUUGCCCACGGAAUUCAUCCACUUGUACAUCAGCAACUGCAUCUCCUCCUGCGAGAACAUCAAGGACAAGUACAUGCAAAACCGACUCGUCCGGCUCGUCUGCGUGUUCCUGCAGUCCCUCAUCCGAAACAAGAUCAUACACGUCCAAGACCUCUACAUCGAAGUCCAGGCCUUUUGCAUCGAGUUCUCCAGGAUCAGGGAGGCAGCGGGGCUCUUCCGGCUGCUCAAGACAUUGGAAUAAAAGGGGGAGGGUAAUGUUUGGAAAAUGCCACACCAAGGAAAAGAAAAAGACGACCCGGAAGAUAGCCUCC